AUGGAUACUAUAUUAUCCUUCUUACGUGGAGCCUUCCUACAACAACAACAUGAUGGUGGUGGUGGUCAUGAUGCCAUUCUAAAGAGGAUACAUUAUGCUGCAUCUCAUGGUUUUGAUAUUAAAGGUCCUAAUGAUACUCAUUAUCAGGUUGGUAGAGCUUAUUUACCUCAAUUAUAUGAGGCUAGAGAUAGGCUUAUAAAGGAAGCUCAGAAGUAUCCACACUGUGUAGUCGAGGAUAAUAAAUUUAGUAUAUCUGUCCAUUAUCGUAAUGUUCAUCCUGAUCUUCAUGUAGAGGUAUCUGAUAUGGUACAUAGUAUUGUUGCUCGAUAUCCACAUUUACGUUUACAUUAUGGUAAGAUGGUAUAUGAGAUAAAGCUUAAUUUAAGUUGGAAUAAAGGUAAAGCUGUAUUAUGGCUACUAAAUGCAUGGGGUAAUACCAACAACAACAACAU